AUGGCCCCCUCGACGCUCGAUCUGUUUAUUCUCACCUUCAACUGCGCAAAGAACCUGAUCGACCCUUAUGUUUUUGCCUCGCAUCUGCAUGGCGCGCUAUCACAGAACGACGCCGCGGGCCUUCCCAACUUGGUUGUCUUCUCGCUCCAGGAGGUAGCACCGCUUUCAUACUCCUUCAUCGGCUCCUACUUCUUGAACCCCUACUAUGCCCGCUUCGGGGAAGCCCUUAAUCUUGCUUCGGCACGACAUUACACGCUCCUCCGCGCCAAGAACGUGGGUAUGACGGCCAUCCUCCUGUACGCCCGAGACCCUGCCUCAGUAAGCAAGAUCGAAGAGGCAGAGUGCGGGUUCGGCGCUGCCGACAUGGGCAACAAGGGCGCCGUCGGACUGAGGGUGACAUGCUGCGGCCAGCGAGACGAUGGGGUUGGGCCGCACAGGACGACGGAGCUCACCUUUGUCGCCGCCCACCUCGCCGCCAUGGAAUGGAAUCUCAAGAAGCGCAACGCCAACUGGCGAAGCAUCGUUUCCGGCCUGACCUUCGCCAACCCCCGCACCAUCGUCCCGGAAGACACCCAACCGCUGCUGUCGUCCACCACCACCGACGACCAACAACAACGACAGCAACAACAACCCCCGCUCUCCUUGUCGGACCAGGCCGCCCUGCAAUCCAUCUCCAUCUACAAACCUACUUCACACUUAUUCGUAGCCGGCGACCUCAACUACCGCAUCGCCAGCACCACCCCGCCCCCGCAAUCCGCUUUCCCCUCCUUCGACCCGUCCUCAGAGCACUUCUACCCCAACUUCCUCCCGCGCGACCAGCUCACGCGCGAGCGCCUCGCCCGUCGCGCGCUGCACGGCCUGAGCGAGGCGGACAUAGCUUUCGGGCCGACCUACAAGUUCGACGUGCUCGCCUCUGCCGAGGGGGCAGCAAAUGAGGAGGCUGUGCCGUGGCGAUUCGCGCCGCAUCGCUGGCCGGGGUGGUGUGAUCGGGUUUUGUAUCUGGAUGUGCCGAGAAAGGAGGUGGGGGAGAGGGAGGUCAAGGUGGCGGUGACGACGUAUGACGCCAUGCCCGUCGUUGCGACGAGCGAUCAUAGGGCGGUUUUCUUCCGCGCAAGCGUGCCGGUUUUGGGGGAGGAAGAGAUGAAGCCUCCUCCGCAGGAGGGAGAAGAACAACAACAACAACAAGAAGAAGAAGAAGAAGGGCUGGCCGUGGAUCCCAGGGUGCGGAUGCCUGUGCCCGUGGACGUGCAUGCUUGGGAGAGGAGGGCGGCGGCGCGCAGGAAGGAGUUGCUGGUCGGCUGGUCGGCGUUAAUCUGGAGUACGCGUGAGGGGGCCGUGUUGUUGGCGACGGUGUUGGCGUUGGGUCUGGGGAGUUGGUGGUUGUGGCGUGCGUGGUGA